UCCAAACCCUAAUUUUCAUUCUAGAACCCUUACCCGAAACACAGUAAACCAGUGAACACCAAGAAAUGGAGCUGUGCGCAAUUCGAGCCAUCUCGAACCUUCCUAUACCACACCAUAAGUCAAUCAAUCCAGUCCACACUCAGUCCCGUUACUGUACACUUCUCAAGCAAAAUCGCUUGAACUUGGGAUUGCGAUGCUAUAAAAGUUCAUCUCCGACAUCAGAGGAAACUUCAGUUGAAGCACCCUCUUAUGUUAAAGAUGAGACCGAUUGUGCGAUAACUGUUGAAGAAGUUCGACCGGUUGAAAAUAAUGAAGAGUACAGUCUAGCAACUCAGAGCAAUGAAAAGCCACAAGAAGAUUCUUUGUUGGAUAACCCAAUGAAGGUGUUCGAGUUCUUGGAGAAACUCGAUUUCGACUCUGAUGAUACAUAUUCACUUCUUGCAUUUGGAGGUGGUGCACUGGUUGCAGUUUGGCUGGCAUCUGCUGUCGUUGGUGCUAUCGAUUCUAUUCCAGUGUUUCCUAAAGUGUUGGAGCUUGUUGGUCUUGGAUACACGCUCUGGUUCAGUACGCGCUAUCUAAUUUUCAAGGAAAAUCGGGCAGAAUUGGUUGCUAAAAUUGAACAAAUCAAGGAUCAGGUUAUCGGUCCGGAGGAUGACUGAUGUAGAAUUGUAGAUUUCUGGAUUGAUAUUACAUAAAGCAACUGUAAUGAUACAUAGAGGUUUCUUAUCAUGAAUAGGUAUUUUAGAUCAUGCAUCUUCUUUUGUACAAAUCCGAGUUCAAAUUGAUUCAAAUUUAGGUCGUUUUUUGGCAAGUUUUCA